AUGGCCCUCAAGAUAUUCCUCACCGGAGUCACCGGCUACAUUGGCGGUGAUAUCUUUUAUGAGGUCUACAACGCCCACCCGGAGUACGAGUGGAGCGUGCUCGUCCGCAACGAGGAGCGCGGCAAGCUCGUCUCGGACAAGUACCCCAAGGUGCGGCUCGUGUACGGCUCCCUCCAUGACGCAGGGGUCCUCGAGAAGGAAGCCGCUGCGGCCGACAUUGUGAUCCACACCGCCGACUCGGCAGAUGACGUCCCGUCGGCCACGGCCAUCGCAAAGGGCCUCGCCGCGGGCCACACCCCCGAGCGCCCGGCCUUCUGGCUGCACAUCUGCGGGACGGGCAUCCUGCAGUGGUACGACGCGCAGGAGAAGCGCUACGGGCAGCCGCCCCUGCCGGACCAGCGCUACGGCGACGUGACCGACAUCGCCCGCAUCGCCAGCUUCCCCGACGCCGCGCUGCACCGCGACGUCGACAAGGUGGUGCUCGCCUGCGCGGCUGGCCACUACCCGGCCGUGCGCGUCGCCGUCGUCGGCCCCCCUUGCAUCUACGGCCCCGGGCGGGGCCCCGUCAACGGCCGCAGCAUCCAGGCGUACGACAUGGCGCGGUUCAUGCUGCGCGAGGGGUUCGCGCCCGUCGCCGGCGCGGGCCUGGCCGAGUGGGACAACGUGCACGUGCACGACGUCGCGAGGCUGUUCCGGGUGCUCGUCGACGCGGCGCAGGACGCCCGGUACAGGGACGACGCCGAGGUCUUCGGCCCCAGGGCGUACUACUUUGUCGCCAACGGCGUGCACAGCUGGGGCCAGGUGGCCCGGUGGCUGGCCGAGGAGGCGUACAAGCAGGGCUUCAUGGGUGAGGUCAAGGCCGAGGAGAUCACUCUCGAGGCGAUGCGUAACCUGGAGAGCAAGGGGAACGCCAGCUGGUUCAUGAACUCAAAGGGGGUGCCUGAGAGGGCCAAGAAGUACUUUGGCUUCCAACCCCAGGGGAGGAGCCUUCAAGACGAGAUCCCAGACAUCGUGGCUGGCGAGGCCAAGUUGCUCGGAAUCAAACCGACAGGGCACACUCAUUGA